UAACCAUAAAAGCGGAGCACUCUCAAUGUCCACACCAGCACUGGGUACGUGUAAGCCACUUGAAGCACUCAAAGCGGAUCAAAACCCAGCAUUAUCGGAACAAUCUACGAAAUCAAAGUGCUACCCUUUAGUCUCUUAUAUAUACGUACACUCAACCAAGUGUCAUAGCGCAUAUAUAGUCCCACAAAACUCUCUCUUCUCUCGGUCAUUUCGUCGAACGCUUUCAGAAACGAGCUUGAUUUGCAGAAACCCAGAAGUGAAAUGAGCGAUGGAGGACUUUGCAUCCAACUUCCAACCUUCUUCACGGUCCUACUUCACACCCCUUUUGAUUUCCAUGGCCGGAAUAGUCUCCACUACUCUAGCCGUAAUAGCAUACCAUUUCAUAGUGACGAAGUUUUGCUUGAGGCAUAGGCAUAGGCAGAGACAGAGAAUACUAGAAACAUUCUCCAAUUUCUCACCGCAACCGAACCCCAACAACAACCAAACUGGGGUAGAUAAGAAAGUCCUGAGCUCUAUCCCAAUUCUCUCUUACUCCACAAAAGACGGACUGACCGGUCUAGAUCAGAGUGAGUGUGUAAUCUGCUUGGGUGAGCUCGAAGAUGGUGACAUGGUGAGGCUUCUGCCCAAUUGCAAACAUGUGUUUCACAAUCCAUGCAUAGACAAAUGGUUCUUGGCACAUACAAACUGCCCGGUUUGUAGGGCACCUAUAGCCGCGCCCAUUAAAACUGUGGAGCCUUUGCCUACAGAUCAAGAAACCCGAGAACAAGAAGUUCGAGGUGAAGCCAGCAGCGUUGAAUGUUCUAAUUCGAAUUCGUCUCCCCAGAGUCAUGAGGAGGAAAGGGGACUACUUAGCAAUAAUCCAACCACUGUUCAAUUGCCAAAAAAUGGUUUGCUAAGGAAUUGUGUGUCCCUCGUGCUGUUGCCUAUAGAAGGAAGUUCUAAGAAGAAAAGAUUUGUGAACGGGUUGGAGAGGUCAUUGUCUUUGGAUCUGUCACAUAUCCUCAUCAACGUACAGAGAGAAUGUGGCGAUGAUCACGAGCCCUCUUCAUCAUCAUCUCCAUCUUCUCCUUCUUCUUCUUCUCCUCCUCUGGCGAAAGCGGUUCUUGUAGAGUCUGGAUCAUUCGGGGAAAGAUCUUUCAGACAGUUUGAUCGGAUGUCUACAGUGUUAAUAAGAUCACUUUCGCAGUUGCGGGUAGGGCAAAGUAGCAGCACCAUGGCCAAUGGUCAUGAAAUUCUUCCUUGUUAGGAUGUUCAAAGAUUCUUUUUCGUUAAAUGACUUUGCUAGGAGACUAUUUUCUUUGUGAAAGUAAUAAGCUAGCUAGGAUCGCAUUAUUCAUUCAUUCAAUCCAAAAAGAGAGACAUUAUGCAUU